AUGGACAAGCACUCGAAGGAUGCACGCUUCGCGCGUGUGCACUCGGACCCACGUUUCCACCGCCCGCGCCGCGAAGAUACCAAAGUCGCGCUGGAUGACCGGUUCAAGGAUGUGCUGAGCACAAAAGGGACAAAGCAGCUCGAUCGCUUCGGGCGCAAGGGCCAUGUUAGUGAGGCGAAAGAGCUGCAGCGGAUGUACAGACUGGAUGAGCCCGGAAAAGACUAUGCACGUGGCGAGGUCGAGUUGGAGAGCAGUAGCGAAGAAGACGAGGACGACGACGACGACGACGACAAAGAGGAUGAGGAGGAUGAAGACGAGGAGGAUGAGGAUGAGGAUGAGGAUGAGGAUGAGGAUGAGGACGAUCGUGGAGAUGUGGUCGUGGGAAGUACAGAUGCUGUAAGGCGUGCUGCGCGCCACGAAGAUGCGUACGAGUCCGAUGCAUCGAUCGACUUGAAUGAGGACGACCUCGACGAAAGUGUCAUGGCAGAACUCGAUAAGCAGGCGAAAAAGGCACAGCGACGUCAGCCAUCGCGGGAUCAGGACGUCGCGCGUGGCGAUGAUACCAACCGGACUGGCCGUCGUCAACAUGGACUGGGAUCAUGUCCGAGCGCUCGAUCUCUUCAAAUGUUUGCAAGUGUCGUAUCGCCGCAAGCGACUCGUGAGCCCUUGGAACCUGUCGCGGCGCCGGCAGUGACGAAACAAGCCGCGCACAUGGCCCUCGCACCCGUUCGUGGACAGGUGCGCUCCGUCCGCAUAUACCUCUCGGACUUUGGACGGGAGCGACUCGCUCGCGAAGACGUCCAAGGACCGCCGCGGGAGAUUUUCCAAUCGCGCGGAUCGGGGCACCGUGUGCAGGAGUCGGAAGCACAAGCUGUGACAGUGGAUGAGGGCGAAGACUUUAAUGAAGAUGCACUGCGAAAAUACCAGCUGGAGCGACUACGGUACUAUUAUGCAAUCGCUACGUUCGACAACGCGAAGAGUGCUCGGCAUGUGUACAAUGAGAUUGAUGGCACGGAAAUGGAGCGAUCCGCCAACAUGUUUGAUCUGCGGUUCGUGCCGGACGACAUGGUCCUCCCUGAUGGCGAGGAAGGGCGCCCAGCCGAGUUCCAGGACGAAGCGACCGAAGACGUCGCGCACUACGAGGGCCUCGACUUCAAGACAGAUGCGCUUCGGCACUCGAAAGUGCGUCUUACGUGGGACCAAGACGAUCCUCGGCGCACGAAACUUACGCGUACGAGCCAGAAGGGCCAGCUGCAUGAAGAUGACCUUAAGACAUACCUGGCGUCGAGUGACGAGGACGAAGAUGUCGACCAUACGUCCAGUCGUAACAGACUCCGGUCUCUGCUAACGGACAUGCCUUCGAAGAGUGCGUUUGAUGAUGCAGAUGAUCAAGAUACCAUGUUCACGAAGCCCGAAGGCGAUAUGGAGAUCUCAUUUGCGCCGGCACUUGCGUCGUCCAAGAAGGAGGCUGAGGAUGAUCAUGAGGAAACCACCAUCGAGAAGUACAUGCGGAAGCAACGUGAGAAGCGCGAGCGCCGUAGAGCCAAGGCACAGGCAGCGCAGUCCGAGUCGAACGCAGAGCCCAAGCGCAAGCCCGAGCAAGAACCAGAGCUGGAGCUGGAGGACGAGCCAGGCGAACAAACGAAAGACGCGCCUGUCGUAAGCGCUUUCGAGGACACGGCCAAAGAGCCCCGUUGCCGGCGAUGA